GUGCACGACGUGUGCCCCCUGUCGGGGUUCCCCGUGGCCAUGCUGCCCUACCCGCCCUCUGCGCCUGGACCCCCCGCAGAGCUCCCCCGUCUUCGUCGACAGCCAGUACCUCGUGCUGCGCGUCCUGGCCUCCUGGGACUUCGGCGUGCUGGGGCGGGCCCUGGACGCCGCCGACGUCUGCGCGCUCGACGGGCACAUGCAGAAGUGCAAGCUCGGGCCGUGGCGGCUCGGGAAGGCCCUGCGGCUGAGCGCGGAGGGCCGCCUGGCCGACCUGGCGGACCUGCGCGCCAAGGCCCGCCGGAAGCUCGACGCGCUGCGGCACAUCCAGCGGUCGCGGCUGGGCCAGGGCGCGCCGCAG